GUUGCCAAUUGUUGUGCAUUCAAAUGAAACACGUUUUGUCGGCAUAACGUAAAUUCACGCCGAAUUGAAUAUGAGACACACAUAAUAUAUUCUCUAGUUUUUAAGGUGUUCAGUUUAUUAUUUAAUAGUGUUGUGAGUAGUAAUGGAUGACCAUUCUUGGAAGUGAGAUAAUGUUAUUUCUUCUAACUGGCAACAUGGGUCAAUACGAAACAACAAAUGUCAAAUAUAAAACUGUACCUACUUGUAGGAGGAAUGCAGCUAAUUUUCAGGACUUUUUAUUGGAGAAUUACAAUGUAUCUUUAUUGUAGUACCUAAAUGCAAUCCACGGCGUUAUUAAAGUUUUUCUGUGUUUAAGCCAGUGUUGUUAAAAUUCUGAAUUAAACAGCGGAAAAUGUUAAUUUUUCUUGCACUUGUCAGAGCCUGGGGAGGACCUAUCCUAAUCUGAAACGGGUUUAAAUUGCUUCACAGACGGAUAAAAAGCUUAUUAAUAACAACUUGACUAUUCAAAUUAAAAUGAAAAAAAUCUUGAAAAUUACUGGAAACAAAGAAACAUGGAUUGUGAUUUUAUUAAGUUUAAUUAAAAUCUCAUCAUGCGACGAUGAAUUGUUACCAACUUGUUUUAGCGACAUUUACUGCCAUGGAUCCCUUCUUAAGACAAUUCAAAUGGCAAAAAUUUAUGAGGAUUCAAAGACUUUCGUUGACAUGAAAAUGAAACAUUCACCGAAUGAGACUAUGCAGUUUUUUAACGAUUUUAUGAAGAACUUCACUGACAAUAACAAAACGCCCGACAGGGCAGAAGUAGAAGGUUUUGUAAAUACAUAUUUUGAACCUGCUGGACAGGAAUUUGAAGAUUGGGAGCCUAACGACUGGGUAUCUCACCCAAAGUUUGUGGAUAAUAUUAGAGACGCAGAACUUCAAGAAUGGGCAUUAAAAUUAAACGAUAAGUGGAAAAUUUUGGGUAGAAAAAUGAAAGACGAAGUUAAAGAGCAGCAGGACCUCUACAGUAUUAUUUGGGUGCCUAAUCCAGUUAUCGUGCCUGGUGGUCGUUUUCGAGAAUAUUAUUAUUGGGAUUCUUAUUGGAUCGUGCAGGGUUUACUUCUUUCAGAAAUGCAUGAAACUGUAAAAGGUCUAAUUGAAAACUUUCUAUACAUUGUUGAUAAUUAUGGACUUAUCCCGAAUGGAGGUCGAGUGUACUAUUUGGCGCGAUCUCAACCACCAUUGAUGAUACCUAUGAUUAAGCUUUAUUUUGACUUUACUCAAGACAUAAAAUUUAUUUCUGAUAACAUAAAUUUAAUGGAGAAAGAAUUUGAUUACUGGAUAACGAAUCAUUCUAAAAUUAUCACUAAAGAUGGCGUUAAUUACACUCUGGCUGCAUAUGGUGACAAGUCUACAGGACCAAGGCCCGAAUCUUACUCGGAAGAUGUGGAAUGUGCAGACAUAUUUAAAGAGGAUGUCAAAAAGGAAGCAUUUUAUUCUGAAAUUAAAGCUGCUGCAGAAUCUGGGUGGGAUUUUUCAAGUCGCUGGUUCAUCGCGAAUGCUUCUAAUAAAGGUAAUCUAACCGAUAUUAAAACAAGAUCCAUCAUUCCUGUGGAUUUAAACGCUAUGAUAUACUGGAACGCAAAACUACUAGCUGAAUUCCAUCUACUUCUCAAUAAUACAGCAAAUGCUGAUAAAUUUAACAGUAUAGCUGCAACUUGGAUGAAGGCAGUCACCGCUGUCUUGUGGCACGAAGAAAUUGGAGCGUGGUUGGACUAUGACAUUUUCAAUGAAGUUAAAAGAGAUUAUUUUUACCCUACCAACAUCGCACCUCUAUGGACUGGUUGCUACAACACUACAAAUAAAGAUAAAAUCGUGCGAAGCGUGUUAAAAUAUUUACAAAACAAAAAUAUCUUAUAUCCAGGAGGUAUUCCAACUACAGUUGAACAUACUGGAGAACAAUGGGAUUACCCAAAUGCUUGGCCACCUUUGCAGCAUAUAAUGGUCGUUGGUUUAAAUAGUACUGGCAAUGAUCACGCAGUUAGGUUAGCAUAUGAAAUAGCAGAGAAGUGGAUUCGUUCGAAUUACAAAGCUUUUAAUAAAACGGGAAAUAUGUACGAAAAGUACGACGCAACAGUUCCUGGAGGCUAUGGUGGUGGUGGUGAAUAUGAAGUUCAAGAGGGUUUUGGUUGGACAAAUGGUGUUAUAAUAGAUCUUCUUAGUAGAUAUGCAGACGAAUUAACAGUCGACGAUCCUCCGCCUACCACCGAAGAAUCUUCUACUAGUACGAAUGUUCCUGGUUCCUCUUCUAGUCUUAGUUCAAUUACGACAGCAUUGAUAGCAUUACUUGUAUCAUUGACAGCUGGUUUUAUAGGAAUUAUAAUCUACAAGAGACGCAGUCAAAGGCAGUUAUUGUUGAAUGAUAGGAAGAGACCUUACACAGCACGGUAUACGGAACUUAGAAACAUAUCCAAGCAUGGAAAAAAUGCUAGGUAAGUGUCCCUAUUCAAGCAGUACACUUAUACCUCGUUGAAGAUUAUGUUGAAAGGAUUUCCAUUAUAAGCAAACUCGAUUUUGUGCCAUAUAUCUUCUAUUCAAUUUGUGUUUGUGUCCUAUUUUCAAAAUAAAGAUAAUCAUUUGUGUUUUUAAAGAAAGUGGUACAUACUUGCAGUGUAGCAUUUGACGAGAGCGCAGAGACAAUACUAAAUUACAGCAUUAUAGUAUAAAUUGUAAAUAAGACGUAAAUAAGACAUAGUUAAUUAUUAAAUUAUUAUAUUUUUUAGCAUUGUGUAGAAGUUUUAUUAGAAUAUCUGCAUGUAAGAACUUUUGAACUGUUUAUCUAUUUUCAAAAUAAUGUUAUAAUCUCCAGGUAUAUUUUUUAUAAUAAUUUGGCAAAAUUCAGUAGAUGUGAAAUUAGUGAAAACGAUUAUUGAUUGAUUGAUAGUUUUUUUUUUGUUUAAUAACAAAAUUUUUUAUCUUUACAUUAUAUUUAGCAAAAAUUGAAGAGAAAUUUGCCAAGCUAUACAUAAAAUGUUUCGUCUUUAACAAGUGCCUGUAAUAUGCAGAUAGAUUGUAAAUAAUUAGAACAAUUUAAUAUUUAUUAAUUAUUUAUGAAUUAAUUUAUUCAUUUUUUAGUAGUAUUUUUUUUAAAUUAAAAGAAUCUCAAAUACAUUGUGUUUUAACAAUUUCUCUUGUAUAAACUUUAGUAAAUGUAUCAUAGAUAAUUCAAUUGUGAUAUUUAAGGUGUACACACGUUGUUACAUUUUUUUUUUGUUCUUGUCUUAAUCAUGUUUGUAUUUGGGCCAUUAAAAAUAUAUUUAUA